GUCGGAUGACGUCAGGAGCACGCAGAAAUCAGUUGAUCAGCGGUUUUUUGUUGUACCUUUGACCGUAGCAUAUUUGUGUAUCCUGUGUUCGGUCAUUUAAAAACAUAUUUUACUGUAAAAUGGUCGGAGUGAAAGUAAUCGGGAGCGAUUCGGAGUUCCAGCCGGAGCUGACCGGUGCUGGCUCCAGACUGGCCGUCGUGAAGUUCACCAUGGCGGGGUGUCGCCCGUGUGUCAGAAUAUCUCCAGCUUUCAACAUGUUGAGCAACAAGUACCCACAUGUUGUUUUUCUUGAAGUGGAUGUCCAUGUCUGUCAGGGAACAGCGGCAGCCAACAACAUCUCUGCUACGCCGACAUUCCUGUUUUUUCGAAACAAAGUGCGUGUGGAUCUGUAUCAGGGAGCGGACGCCUCAGGCCUCGAGGACAAAAUCAAACAGCACGUGGAGAACGACCCGGGGAGUAACGAGGACUCGGACAUUCCUAAAGGAUACAUGGAUCUUAUGCCGUUUGUGAGUAAAGCCGGUUGCGAGUGUCUUAACGAGAGCGACGACUGCGGCUUUGACAACUGCUUAAUCAAAGACUCUUCUUACCUAGAGUCAGACUGCGAUGAGCAGCUCCUCAUCACAAUCGCCUUCAAUCAGCCUGUAAAGCUUUUCUCUUUGAAGCUGCAGGCGUCAGAUUUGGCUCAGGCACCAAAGUGUGUGAAGAUCUUCAUCAAUCUCCCUCGCUCCAUGGACUUUGAUGACGCCGAGAGGAGUGAGCCGACGCAGACUCUGGAGAUUUCGGAGGAAGACUACAAAGACGAAGGCCUCAUCUCUCUCAGAUACGUCAAAUUUCAGAACGUCAACAGCGUCACCCUGUUCAUUAAGUCAAACCAAGGGGGCGAGGAAACGACAAGAGUGAACUACCUGACGUUUAUAGGAACCCCAGUGCAGGCCACCAACAUGAACAACUUCAAACGGGUGGUAGGAAAGAAAGGAGAGAGCCAUUGAGGACGGAGACUGGACAAAUACAAGUGCGCUGGAACUGUUUCACAGCUCUUAUCAGAGAGUUAAAAAAAAUAAGGGUGAAGAAAGGAAGUCUCGAUCCGCACCUUUUUAUCUAUCACACACCCAAAACCUGUAAAUAAAGUAAAUCCUUUUUCAAAGGCA